AUGCAGAGUGCUAAAAUACCGGAAAACAUAGCCCCUUCUCUAAACAUCCCUCCUUCUUCCAGUAUAUGUGAAAUUUCCAUUGUCAAUACUACUUGUGACAUUUUGGCCACUUCCUCGGCUUUACUCGAGCCGACCAUCAAGGGUCAUGAGUUUCUCAAUUUGCGCACAUAUGCCUUCUACAUCUACAAUACCCAGCUAAACAAGCGCCUGUUGUACGAUAUGGGAUCUCGGAAGGACUGGUGGAACUUUCCCCCUGCGAUCUUAAAUUCCCUUCGAAGCAAAGGCAUUCCGGGCCUGCGAGUCACUUCUGACAUUGACGAAAUCCUCUUUGACGGAGGCGUAGAUCCCCAGUCUAUCGAUGCGGUAGUGUGGAGCCACUUUCAUUGGGAUCAUAUUGGGAACAUUCAAAGAUUCCCCAAGUCCACAGACUUGAUUGUGGGCAGCGGCUUCAAGGACACAUAUCUGCCUGGUUACCCAACAAACCCCAAUUCAACAUUUUUCGAUGCUGAUUUUGAAGGCCGCUUUCUCAAUGAGCUCUCGUUCGAUGAGAACUCACUCAAGGUUGGGGAAUUCCCUGCACAUGACUAUUUCGGAGAUGGGAGCUUUUAUAUCCUCAGCACGCCAGGUCAUACUGCGGGACAUAUCUCAGCUCUCGUCCGUACGACCCCUGACACAUUUGUCUUCUUGGGUGGUGAUAUAUGUCAUUUUCCUGGAAUGUAUCGCCCGAAUCAGUACGCUCCAAUGCCAGAUACACUACCAGAGGAAACAAACCUAGGCUCAAGUUUCCCAGUGCCAUGUCCAUGUUCUUUAUUUACUGCAUGUCAUCCUGCAGGACCUGCUCAUGCGCAAAACACUCCAUUCUACCAACCUGCGAGUAGCUCAAGUUCCUGGUAUGAUGACCCCCUGGAGGCUGUCAAGUCUGUCAAGGGAUUAAUGGAGUUUGAUGCAUCUGAUAAUGUUCUUGUGGCCAUUGCGCAUGAUCCAGUCCUUCAGGAUGUGUGCACAAUGUUCCCAUCUGGUACAAUAAAUGACUGGAAGACUAAGGGAUGGAAGCACCAAGUGCAUUGGAGAUUUGUGCGCGAAUUGCCAAUCAAUGGAGAGCCUGGACGACCCAAAGUCGUGGAAGGAAGACUUAAACACGGUGUGGCUGUCGAGUGA